UCUGGCUUGUGGCCUGGAAAGAAAGUGGCAGUUAGGAAGAAGCUAAUUUUUCAAGGGUCACUCUAAAGAUGACCAAAAAUAAAGGGGAAUGAAGACCACCAAAAGGCAGAAUUAGGGGCUUUGAGUUUCUAUUUAAACGUUGAUAAUAGCCUUUUAAGCUUUUUAUCAUACCACUGUGAAGUUCAAAAGAUUACUAAUCUCAGGCAAGAACAAUACAUUAAGGCAUGGGAGGGACUGAAGAUUCAGGCAAAAAUGAGUGUGCAACCAAAACUGAGAAGGACAAGCAUGAAAAGAAGGAGAAAUCGAAACACAAGGAUGAGGAUGACAAAGGAGAAAAAAGUGAAGAGAAGGCAAAGGACAAGAAGAAAGACAAAGAUAAGAAGAAGAAGGAUCCUGAAGAUAAGAAGGAUCUGUCGAAAUUAAAGCUUAAGCUUGAAAAGCUUGAUGCCAAGAUGCAGGCUUUAGCAAUUAAAAGAGAAGAAAUUGUCAAGCUUAUCAGUGAUGCUGAGAAAGCUGCAGCAAAUCCAACUGCAGAAGCUGCCGCUCCACCUCCAUCUGCUUGAACAUUUCUGCGAUAGUGCAAGAAAUUUAAGAUCAAGAUCUGUAGAAAUUGGCAGAUCUUAUCUGUUAGAUGCCAGAAAUUGUGCUGAUAUGUGUUAUAGCAUUAGGAAAACAUUAAAUUAUUAUUCUGAGACAAAGUUGAAAGUAGAAAGUAAGCUUGUGUAUGUAUCAAAAGUAGAAUUUCCAUACACAAACAGAUGAUGAAAAUGCAUCUAAAUGUUAUCCAGACUGGGAUUGUAGAUUAUAUAUCUGAAAAAUAAACCAUGGCCUUGAGUGAUGGAAUUGAAAAUAGAAGCAAACCUAGUUUUCACUCAGGGACCAUUUAGUUGUGGCAUGAAUAUGAUAUUGCACUGAUAUCCAGACUGCA